GCCUACAUCCACUUAUAUUCUAAGCCAUUUGUUUUAAAUUAUAUCUUUGAAAGAUAGUAAUGUAAUUGGAUAGAGGAUGUCUUACCUCCCUAACAAGCUAACCUGGAUAAGUCACUUGUGACUUCUCUAUACUUCCAGUCAAUUUCCUUAAGAUCAGAAGUUAUACAUAAUAGUUGCUCAUUUGGAGUUCUUUAAUAAAUCACAAGUCUAGGCUUCCCCUCAAAAUUAGUAAUUAGAUUUAUAAAUAAGGGGAUCAAUAACUGGGAAAUACCUUCACCUGAAUCAUAGGAUUAGAGACCUAGAACUAGAAGGGACCUUAAGAGACCAUCUAGCCCUGUUGCCUCAUUUUACAAAUGAGGAAACUAAGGCCAAAAUAAGUUAUUUCCCAAGGUCACACAGGUAGUAAGCAUCAGAGAUCUAAUUUGCUAGUUUUAUUCAAAAGAAAUGGGGCAGCUUGGGUAGCUCAUUAGAUUGAGAGCCAGGACUAGAGACAGGAGGUCCUAGGUUCAGAUUUGACCUCAGACACUUCCUAGCUGUGUGACCCUGGGCAAGUCACUUAACCCCUGUAGCCUAGCCUUUACUGCUCUUCUGCCUUGGAACCAAUACUUAGUGUUGAUUCUAAGGUGGAAACUAAGGGUUUUUUAAAAAAAGAAGAAAACAGACUCAAAGAGGUUAUGACUUUGCUCAAUGUUACAAAUAAGUAGCAGAGUAAGGAUUAACUCUCAGAUCCUCUGGCAUAAAAUCCAACAAGUUUCCAGUUGUUUUGUACUUUCAAAAGUCAGAAGCUUUUAAAAGCAUCAUUUCUAGAUGUCUAGUGUAGUAACCCAGAAUUCAUCUCUAUCCUGAAAACAACUAUGAGUUCUGAGGUUCAUGGUCUAAGAUCAGUUGAUAAUUUAUUUGUUGUUGUUCAGGAGUUUAGAGAUUACCAGUUCAAAGAAACCAAGGAAGAUGUUCUAAAAGAUUUUGAAGAUUUGGCUGGAAAGCUUCCUUGGUCAGACCCUUUAAAAGUAUGGAAAAUUAAUACCAGCUUUAAGAAAAAAAAAACAAAACGCAAAAAAUUAACCCAGCAAAAUAUCAUAAGUAAAGAGAAAGUGGAUGAUGAACAAGGAGACCUAAGAGCUGAGAAGAAUGUUGAGGAACAGGUCACCAAUUAUACUAUGGAGGAGGUGUUAGAAACUAUUGAAAAUCAAGAUGGCAUUAUUGAUGAAACUCCCAUAUUAGCUUUCAGCAAAAUAGUAUCAGAAAUACCAUCUGCCAUUGAGAAAGAAAAAGGACUUAAUGAGAGCCACAAAGAGGAAGCCGAAUCUCAAGUGCUCAAGUUCCGAGUCACAUGCAACCGGGCAGGAGAAAACCAUAGCUUUACUUCCAAUGAAGCAGCAAGAGAUUUUGGGGGAGCCGUUCAGGACUAUUUCAAAUGGAAGGCUGACAUGACCAACUUUGAUGUAGAGGUUCUCUUGAAUGUCCAUAAUAAUGAAAUAGUUGUGGGCAUUGCAUUGACAGAAGAGAGUCUCCAUCGAAGAAAUAUUACACAUUUUGGUCCAACAACUCUACGAUCCACUCUUGCUUAUGGCAUGCUCAGGCUUUGUUCUCCUCAGCCUACUGACAUAAUAAUAGAUCCCAUGUGUGGAACAGGUGCCAUACCAAUAGAGGGGGCUGCCGAGUGGCCUAACUGUUAUCAUAUUGCUGGUGAUAACAACCCCCUGGCCGUGAAAAGAGCAGCAAAUAACAUCUUGUCAUUACUGACAAAGAGCCAAGUUAAAGAAAGCAAAGCAUUCUGGGGCCUCCCUAUAGAUGCUAUUCAGUGGGAUAUCUGCAACCUGCCUUUGAGGACUGGUUCUGUGGAUAUUAUUGUCACAGAUAUGCCAUUUGGAAAGAGGAUAGGAUCUAAGAAAAGAAACUGGAAUCUCUAUCCAUCUUGUCUCCAAGAAAUGAGCCGGGUCUGUAGACCUGGGACUGGUCGAGCUGUGCUACUUACUCAGGACAGGAAAUGCUUUGCCAAGGCGUUAUCCAGUAUGGGGCAUGUAUGGCGGAAGGUGCAUACAGUCUGGGUGAACAUAGGGGGUCUUCACGCUGCAGUUUAUCUCCUCAAACGUACUACUCAAGUGUUCAUUCAUCCUGCAGAACUGCAGCAUGACAGAGAGAUGCCUUGAGGAUAAAGAAGAUGAAAAAUUGGCUUUUCUUCAUGUCUUUGGAAGUUAAGUUUCACGUGCCUCCCACCACUGAAAAUAUCUGAGGCAGCAUGAGAAAUAGAUCUAAAACACAGAGGAAUAGUAACAGAAGGCUAGUUUGGCCCUGCAUCCAAACUGGUCUGAACAUAACUCAUUUAACAGGAAUAGCAUAGAUGAAUAUUCUGGUAGAGAAGGCAUUCCCUACAGCUCAGAAGGGACUUGUUCCCUUGGGUAAACCUUAAAAGUUUCAUUUCCCCAAUGAGCCAAGGAAUAGCUGUGUAUAACUUCUAUUUCUGCAAGUGGCUUUAAAAUAUUUCAAGAUUGCUUAAAUGCUUUUCUCUGUAUAUAUGGCAUUUUAUGUUUUAGAUCUGCCUCCAUAGGACAGGUUUUCCAUUGAGGUUCUUGGGAAGAUAUCUUGGCCAUAGUGAAAGGUAAAGGACAUGGAGUGCCUCAGAUUAUAUUUUGGUUAAGAAAUAGCCUUACUUUAAGUGAUACACUCAUUCUUUCUUCUUACCUCAACUAGACAUCAGUUCAUUUUCAGAUAAUAUGCAAAUGCUACCCUAGGAAGAAAAUACUAAAGUCACAGGAUAUUUAGGGAAAGUUACCAUUUGCCUUACAAAAUGAAGUGUAAUUGACUACACUGCUAACCUGAGUAAUUUCAAAGAUAGUUUUGAAAAGGUGGUGAUUAUCUUAAACUAAAUUAUUUCAAUUUUAUAACAGGAAUGCCUUUUAAUAGAUGAGUAAGUCAUGGGGCAAGGUCAAUUAACAUAAGAAUAAGCUUGUUUUAAGUAACUUUGUAUUUGAGCUAUAUAGAGAUACCAAAGUUGAAAAGCAAAUAUAUAUUAUUUUGUCAGAUUCUGACUCCAGAAAACCUUUUUUGGUCAUUUUAAAGAAAGUAAUACUAUAUAAUCACAUUGUGUUUAGAUAAAAGCUUUAAUUUGGGGUUUCUUUUGCUGCCUUUUCUCCAUAAUCAGCAGUAUUUAUACUAUAGUACUGCCUACUACACAAAUCUGUACAACCGAAUGCCUUCAGCUCAUUGGAUGGGGUAUCUUUCCCAUGGACCAUACACUUGGUCCAAAAAAGGAAAGGUUGGUGUAAAUUGAUUUAUGUUCAAACUUUUUUCAGUUUCCAGAUACAUUCAAUUUGAUCUCUUAGUGCCAUGUUACUGUAAUAAAGUUUUACUUAACCGA